ACUUCCUCCCGUGAAUACAUCAAUAAUACAUGCACAUGUGGAGCAAUUCUCACUGAAAGCAAACUGGAGACUGACAGAAAGACUCCUGUACAACCAGCAUUGCAAGAAAGAUACACGCAUAACCAGCCACCUUGGACCCUGUGGAGGCCUGCUGGGAACGGGACUUCUAAAACGACAAAUAUGUCUGGAAGUCUGUGGUCCAAGGCCAUUUUUGGUGGCUAUAAACGGGGUCUACGGAACCAAAGGGAACACACUGCUCUCUUGAAAAUUGAAGGUGUAUAUGCUCAAGAUGAAACUGAAUUCUAUCUAGGCAAGAGAUGUGUUUAUGUGUACAAGGCAAAGAAUAACACAGUAACUCCUGGUGGAAAACCUAACAAAACCAGAGUAAUCUGGGGAAAGAUAACUCGAGCUCAUGGAAACAACGGCGUGGUUCAUGUCAAAUUCCGAAGUAACCUUCCUGCUAAGGCCAUCGGACGCAGAAUCCGUGUGAUGCUGUACCCUGCGAGGAUUUAA